UUUCCAUUAUGGUUGCUACUGUUGACAGCGCGAUUUCCCUCGAAGGUGGCAGUAACAGAAGUCAGGCACCACUUGCUGUACUCACCGACAUCUACCAACAGCGGAACAGAGGACUCCGCAGUAGAACAGUGCCUCAAGUCUACCAAAUGAGUAACUCGCCGAUCUACCCGGGACCGCUCCGUCGGAUCGAGUCGGCUCCUGUGGUUGCUCGAGGCCCUCCGAGAACUUCCGCCACGAUGCCCAACACCUCACGUCAUGAGUAUCACUAUCGUUAUAAUACUGGCCGUCAUGAGUCUCGUCAAGGUUCGUCUACUGCCAGGGAUGCAACCAGGAGAAAUAGGGGAGCACCUCGCGGAAGCCAUUUGGCCAGUCCGCCACCAUCUCGCACUAUGCGCCCUUCCACACAGAGGCACACAGCUCGACAUCAGUAUUCAAAACCACCGCCGGCGGGUCUGGUCGAACCCGAGUUGUCUUCGAGGAGCACCGGCACUAACUCCAGUGGAGUGGUAUCGACAUGGGAAGAUCUCGGGGAUGGUCUCGAGCCAAUCCCAGUGGAAGGUCUCAUCCGUCCUAUAGUCGCGUACACACAUCACUGUGGAUGCGGCGGUUACGUCUUCCGUAAGCACUUCUAGUCUUGCAGCAGUGGCCUUGUAAGGGCGGAGCGAAGCUCGCAAUGUUUUUAUAUUUUUGUGACUCGCCUGAUCCAUUUUUGAUGAGGACCCUGCCGGGAUACUAAGUUGAUUCGUCUCUACACUCGUGUUCCAUUGUUUUUCUGCUCUGCUCCUUCAACUUUGUGUGACUCGAGAAAAGCCCCAUUGUGUUCCGGAUAAUGCUGCUGGAACAACAGAUCCACACGGCAUCUUGUGAAAUCGCGUAUUUCCUCAACCCACCGUCGUGAUCGCUAUAAUGCUGCUGAUCGUCGCACUCUAAUAACUUUUUCUUCGCGAUUUUAACCGAUUAUCACUCGAUAGG